UGGGGUAAACAGUACUAUCGAGAUCAAACAAAAUGGGUGACCACACAGAACAGACAAAUCAGAAACAGAUGUCCGCCAAGGAUGAGUAUUUUGCCAAGCUGGCUAAGUGGGUCGAAGAAACCAACAGAAUCCAGACUUUCAAUGCAAUGCUAUCGUACUACAUGUGGAUGAACUAUUUUCAGCAAUUGGCGAUGGCUCGUCCAGUGACCGAAAGGGAAUCAACUCCCUUGGUUGAGGAACCAGAAGAACCACGUCGCAAUGUAUUCGUGAUGGCGCCCAUGUGGAAACGUAUUGCAGCGGAAGCAAUUGAUAGGACCUUAAUUCUAUUCCUGGUGAUCAUCAUUGCACGUGUGGCAUCCAGGAUCUUUUUCGGUAUCGCAUCGUUGGACUCUUUCGGGCUGUUCAACGAACCUGUGAUGCUGUUAUUUCUAUUCGAAAUUCCUCGCUGCUUUAUCGAGGCGCUGUGGUGCUUUGGUUACGAUGGACUCACUCCCGGAAAACUAUUAUUGGGUCUAUGUGUCGUUGAGGGCGAGAUCAUAAUUCCACUUCAGGUGCGACAUCACUUGGUUCUCAUUACCCGGAUUCAACCGCCCUCGCUGUCGAACUGCAUCAUUCGCGUCCUGGUCAAGAACCUCGUGCCAAUAUUUUUCCUACCCAUGUUCCUCAGGGACAAUCGCACUCCUCAAGAUAUCUUGACCAAGACCGUUGUGUUGGAGCUCCGCGCACUAAUACUUCUGAACUGAUUUUCAAGCAUAUGCAAGCCGACUGUCUUAAUAAAGCUUUGAUAAUCAAUGCCCGAAAA